AUGUGCGGCCGCUGGUGGAGCCCGGAGCGCCGCGCUGCACUUCGCGCCGUGGCGCGCCGCAGCCCAGGUGAGGGGUCGGUGCUGGGCCUCAGCGCCACGCUGCUGCGGCUGCAGGGCUUCUGGGGCCCGCAACACGGCGGCCGCCGCGUCGCCAGCGCCCUCGCUGCCGGCGUCUCACUGGCGUUGUCGUGCGGGCUGGUGGUUAUGCCUCUCCUCAAGCUACUAAUGGAUCGUCCACAAGAACUUGAGGAGUUAGCCACGUGUAUCUUCGUCGUAGUAAUAUACAGCGAAAUUUUUAUCAAGUUGGUGUGCUUCGUGGUGAAAGCGCCAACCUUGCGGGAGCUGGUGGAGCUGCUCUCCGAGACUGGAACGGGCAACAGCACCGGCGAACGCAGCGACGACACUCGGCGACGUUACCAAAGACUCGGAAACCGCCUGCUCCUGGCCUCCUUGGGGACCACAACCGUAACUGUGGCUAUUUGGGUCGCUCCCCCACUGGUUCACCAGGUCCUCAACACGGAAGAUGGGAGCACUUCCAGCAACAAUCGCUCUCUGCCCCUGGCCGUCUGGUUACCACUGGACAUGUACGCGUCCCCCACAUACGAGGCACUCUACCUGAUACAGUUCCUGAGUAUGAUGUCCGUUGAUAUUGCUGUUGUGUGCACUGACUGUUUCUUCGUUGACCUCAUGCUGAGGGUUGCUGCUGAGCUGGAGAUUUUGAACGACAACAUUUCAGCUUUGCGUAAGUGGAAGACUUCAGCAACAUUAAAGAACCAGGACAAACCAAGUGAAUGUAUCUCAGAUCUUGAGAUACAUCUACAGAUUUCGAAGAAUGUCAAGCACCAUCAGGCAGUCCUUAGGUCCGUCGCCUUGCUAGAGGAAGCAAUGAGUACAGCAAUCUUCGUUCUGUUCCUGGCCUUGAUCAUCGGGAUAUGCACCGACAUCUUCACUGCUACAGUGAGCGAGAGGCUGAUGCUCUCAGCAUACAGCAAUGCGUGGGUGGACUUCGACACUCGGUGCAGACGCAGCCUGCUUACCUUCACAAUGGUGGUCGGACAGCCGCUGGAGAUCAAAGUAGGAAAGAUGUACACGUUGAACAGAGGGACGUUUUUGCAGGUGAGCUGA